GCAGGGCGCAGGGCCACCAUGGUGACCAAAGGCGUCUCGGAACCCGCCGCGCUGAGAAAGAUGCUGAAGCCGCUGGCGGAGAAGCGCAGGCGGGAGCGGAUCAACCGGAGCCUGGAGGAGCUGCGGGUGCUGCUGCUGGACCGGACCCGGCACCAGACCCUGCAGAACCGGAAAGUGGAGAAGGCCGAGAUCCUGGAGCUGGCCGUGCGCUACCUGCGGGAGUGGAGCGCCCCCGCCGGGCGGGGAGCCGAUCCGGCGGGGAGGCCGACCCUCUGCAGCGCUGCUACCUGCUGGGCUUCCGAAUGCCUGCUGCGGCUCUCCGCCUUCGUCCGCGACGCCCGGCCCUGCGCGCACGGCCAGCUGCUCGACGCCCUGCACGUCUACCUGGCCGCCAGGUGCCGCCCGGUGCCGCCGGAGCCGGCCAGCGGGCUCCGGCCCGCCUCCCCCGCCCGCCUGCCCAGUCUCCCCCAGCCCUUCCUCGCCGUGCCACCGCCCCUCUCGCCGCCCCGGGGCCCCGGCGACGCCCGCCCCCGACCCUUUCACCGCCCCGGGGCCCCGGAGACACACGGAGGAGGCAGCCGCUUCGAAAGGGGAGCCCCCGCAGCCGGCCGUCUGGAGACCGUGGCCAUCGAGUCAAAGUAG